UCGCGAGACUACGAUCUUCGGCCGGAGCCCGUGUACAAGGUGGGGCAGAGUCUCCCGGUGAACUUGUAAAAGUUGAGUGUGUGUCGGUGUAUGGCGGAUUUCGCGAGUAACUUCUUAAAAACACGUUAGCGGUAGUCGGGCUGAGCUGUGAGCUGGACUGAGUCAGACCAGAGUCAUGGCCUCCGGCAAGAACAAGAACCAGACCUCUCUGGCUCUCCAUAAGGUGAUCAUGGUGGGCAGCGGUGGAGUCGGGAAGUCCGCCCUCACCCUACAGUUCAUGUACGACGAGUUUGUGGAGGACUACGAGCCCACCAAGGCCGACAGCUACAGGAAGAAGGUGGUGCUGGACGGCGAGGACGUCCAGAUUGACAUCCUGGACACGGCGGGUCAGGAGGACUACGCCGCCAUCAGGGACAACUACUUCCGCAGCGGAGAGGGCUUCCUGCUGCUGUUCUCCAUCACCGAGCACGAGUCCUUCACGGCCACGUCGGAGUUCAGGUCUGUGGACCCCUGCAACAAAUCAGAGAUAGACCUAGACCGUGCCAGAGAAAGUAGUUCCUCCGCCGUGCCGUGCCACGACCCCGCCGACACCCGCCCGGCAACGCCGUCGCCAAAGGCAACCACGCAGCCAACUGGCAUGCGCACAGCGCCGAG